AUUAACUAGUGAAAUUGAUUCACUAAUUAGUAAUUAUUAACCAAGUUUAAAGAAUCUGAUUCAAUAAGAAAGUCAUAUGGACUCAGAGUUGAGUUUUAAAAUUCCAAAAGUUGAAUCAAUUAAAUGACCAAAAAAAUUUAUUAUCGUUAAUCAAUGAAUCGUUUCUCUAAAUCAGCUGAUCCAUCAUCAAGUUAAUCAAUUCCAGUUCCAAUUAAAUAUCAUCUUUCAAUGUUUAUUUUAUGUUACUAAGUUUGAGACUAUUUAAUCAACAAUAAUAUCAACCUGAUAUUUGUGAUGAUAAUCAGAUGAUAAUUGGAUUUUUAAUUCAAAGAGUUUUAGAUCCUCUUCUUGAUUAAUCUUAACCAGUGUCAUCAUCAAGUCUAAUUAAUCGUCACAAUUACAAUUAGUUGGAACGUUAUGAAUUCAUAUUCCAAAAAGAUAUUUUGUUUUUGAAGAAGAUGAAUUCAAUCUGAAUCAGGAUUAUCUAAAUCGUGCCUCAAAGGAUUAAACUUUUUGUUACUUUUGAAAGAUGAACUGCUUCUUAGAAGUGGACUUAUAAUUGAUUUACUAAUUGUUAACUGUUCUGUUUCUAAUUGUUAUAAAAAUGAAUAACAAAAAGAUUUUAAUUGCUGUUGGGACUAUUGUAUGUGCUACAAUAUUUGUCAUUGUUUUGUCAAUCUUUUUAACUGGUUCGUAUUUUGGUGACCAAGAUGAACCUCCAAAGUUAAUUGUCAUCUCUUUCGAUGGGUUUAGAGCUGAUUACGUUUCUCCGACCUUAACUCCGACCCUUUGGUCACUCAAACAAACGGGAGUGACCGGUAGGAUGUUCCCUCAGUUCAUAAGUAAAACUUUUCCCAAUCAUUUCUCAAUAGCCACUGGACUUUACGAGGAAUCUCAUGGAAUCGUUGCCAAUAAUAUGUACGAUCCUGAGUUGAAUUUAACAUUUGACCUCUCCCAUAGCACUCAAGUUUGGUGGGACAAUGGGUACUCAUUACCUCUUUGGAUUGCAAAUCAGAAAAAGAGCAAUCGAAAGAGCGGAGCGAUCAUGUGGCCUGGAUGUGGGUUCACCUUUGGUGGUGAUCGAGCAUUUUACUCAGUUGAAUUCAACCGAUCAAUUGAUAUGAAGGGUCGAGUUGAUAUUCUCAUGAAUUGGUUUACCGAUAAAACUAAUCCUGCUAAUCUUGUUUUCCUUUAUAUUGAAAAUCCCGAUGAUACUGCUCACAAACAUGGACCCUUUGGAAAUGAAACUUUGGCCCAGGUUCGAAUGGCCGAUGAAGCGGUAGCCUAUUUAUUGGAAAAUUUAGAUAAUCACAAUUUAACCUCAUCAACCAAUAUCAUCUUGGUUAGUGAUCAUGGUAUGGAAGAGUUUAAAUCAACCACUACCGUUAAUUUAACCGAAUUGGUUCCUGAUCAAACUUCAUUCCAACAAUUUGGUGGAUCUCAAGCAAUUAGUAUUCUACCUAAUCCUGGAGUAGAAGAUCAAGUUUACCAAAUGUUCAAUACUCUUGGUAAAACUAAUCAUUUCAGAGUUUACAAGCGAGAUGAGAUUCCCGAGGAAUAUCAUUACAGAGAUAAUAUAAGAAUCCAACCAAUUCUAUUGGAGGCUGAACCAGGCUAUGAAAUAGCGUUCAGUUCCUGGAAACAUCCUGAUUCCAUGUGGGGUAAUCAUGGUAAUAAUAAUACUCAACCGGAAAUGGAAGCGCUUUUUAUUGCCUCAGGCCCUCAAUUCAAAGAUUCAUUCAAUUUAAAUGGAACCUCAUUUUUCAACAUUGAUCUUUAUCCAAUUAUGGUUGAUAUACUCAACCUCAAUGUUGGUAAUUACAAAUGCAAUGGAACUGAUUUAAUUACGAGAAAUUUACUUGCUGAACUUUAAAUUAUUAGUAAAAUUGUGUAAUUGCAUUUAUUAAACUAUUCUUUCAUGUAUUAGAACAAUUGAAUUUUAAUUCAAAUUAUAAAAGAAAAUUUUUCCUCAAUUUAAUCAACAAUUAACUUUGAGAGAAUCUAAUUAUCCAAGAA